UGUCCUCCGUCUGGUGCGUUUUAUUCUGCUCGUAUCCACGUUUUAUCACGCGAUACAUCUGUGCAUGUAUACAAUUUGUGCGUGAUAAAAUACGUGAACCAUGUGGUUUAUUCUUUUUCUUUAUUAUUAUUAUUUUCAAUUAGAUACUCGAUAACCAUUCAAGAUCAUAUUAGUCAUCGUCGGGAAAAUUUUAAAUCCGAAUCCUCAAAUACACAAUGUUAUAAUGCAGUGCCUAUAUAAUAUUGUUUUUCAAUUUCACUGGAAUAAAAAAUAUUAAAAGUGAUUAAAUAAAAUAAUAAAAAGAAGGAAAAAAUAUUCGAAUAUUCGUGUUUAUCUUGACUUGUGCAAUAGUUUUGUGAAUCGAAAACAUAUCACGAUAUUUUAAAUUUAAAUCAAGUAUUUUUAUAAUAGAAUUUGUUAUGAACAGAAUCAUUUAUAGACAUCAGUCUUCGAAUUUGUGGCAAAUUAUCUUGAAAUUAAAUUCUAGUUAAUAUUAAAAAGACGGAUUAAACGAUAAAGAAAGAUGGUUUUCGUAAUACGUACCUUCGUAAUGAGAUUAACAACGGGUCAGCCGAUCACCGUUGUUCAUGCGGUGAAUGAUUAGGCUCACGAUACAGUUGAACGCGUUAUGUGGAGAAUUCAAACACAUCCGUUGCAUCUUCAGCAGGACAGCAGAUUCCAUCCUUCGGCAGCUGCCAUUCUUUACAACGAGAGGUUCAGCCUCCUCCAACGAACUUGCUCCCUGAUUGGAUCGACAGCUGGAGCCGUGGGUUCCGGGGCGGUCGGAGGCGGACAAGUUCAACUCUGGCAAUUCCUGCUGGAGCUGCUUUCGGAUUCGUCCAACUCAUCCUGUAUUGCGUGGGAGGGCUCGAACGGCGAAUUCAAACUUACCGAUCCGGACGAAGUUGCGCGCCGAUGGGGCGAACGGAAGAGUAAACCGAACAUGAACUACGAUAAACUAUCGCGGGCGCUCAGAUAUUACUACGACAAAAAUAUCAUGACGAAAGUGCACGGGAAACGAUACGCAUACAAGUUUGAUUUUCACGGGUUGAUGAUAGCAUGUCAGACUCAAGCUGGUGUCACGUUAGAGGCAUCUCCAGCGAACCGAGGUACAGGCGCGGAUUGCCAUCCUCAUCAUUCUCAUCAUACUCAUCAUCUAUAUCCGACAGCACCGUCAAGCUCGCAACAUCCAUCAGCACCUCCACCACCGCCUCCGCCGCCACCGCCACCUCCAUCACAUUAUUGUUGGCCUUAUCACAGAUACUCUCCACCAACGUAG